AUGACACCUAAUACUGUCAUUGUAGAAACAACAUCUUAUUCGGAUCAAUGGCGUUCAUUAAUAAUUGCAUUAGUAACGAAUGUAAUUUUGGGUCAAAAUGACAAUCAUGAUGAUGAUCCAAGAUUUACUAAAGCAAUUACAUUAUCACCGCCACCAGCAUUUCGUAAUGAUAACCAGCAAUAUGUGAAUCAAAAUGAUUAUCAAAUCAAGAAUAUUACAACAAGUUCAUAUUCUAAUUCUAUUAACAACAAUGGAUUUACUCCCAGUCAGCCUAUUACUCAUCUAAAUCCUAUUACUCCAUUACAACAAUUACAAAGGCAACAAAUUCAGAAACAACAGUUACAACAACGGCAAAUAAAUCAACAAUCACCAUCACAACAGAUUCAGUACCCAUUACCGAGGCAAAGCCAACUGCAACAGAAUCAAGUUCAAAUUCAAUCAACACAAUCUCAACUUCAGCAUCAGCAACAACAGUUACCACAACAGACUUUGAGACAACACUUUUCUCAACAAGCACCUAAAUUUCCUCAACAAAACCUACAACAACCAUUUCCCACACAAGCGCUGCAACAGCGUCUUCCACAACCAGUCCCGCAAGUCUCCACACCGCAAUUAACAACUACUAGCCAACAGUUGCAACAGCAAAAAUUUCUGCAAUACCAACAAGAACGUAUUCAAUAUCAAAAGUAUCAGCAACAACAACGUAUUCAACAACAAAAGCAACAAUUACGCCAACAACAGCUUUUACAACAACAGCAACUACAACAACAGCAGUUGCAACAACAGCAGCUACAACAACAGCAAUCACAACAACAGCAGUUGCAACAGCAGCAGCUGCAACAACAGCAGUUGCAACAACAGCAGUUCCAACAACAGCAGCUACAACAACAGCAGUUACAACAACAACAGCUACAGCAACAGCAACAGCAACAACAGUUGCAAGAACAUCAGUUACGUCAACAGCAAAUACAACAACAACAAGCGCAACAGCAACAGGCUAUACAACAACCACUGCAACAACAGCAAAUAAGUGCGGAAGAUUUCAAUAAGCAAACAUCACAAGUGCAAUAUAAUCAGUAUCAGACAACAGUACCAUAUACACCCCCAACUGAGCGACCAACAGUUCCCCAAACUACUGUCACUCCGGAAUCUCCAAUUCAAGAAAAUUCAAAUUCCGGUGUGUUACCAACAAGCUCUGCAGGAACAAGGACACAAAUUCUAAACAUUAUUUAUCAAAAACCAUCUACAGCAGCAGCUAAUAGAGCAAAAUCUCUACCAAAAAAAGUACCAUCAGGUUCAAAUCAGGCAAAGCAUUUAGUUCAAGGACGAUCAUUGAGUUACGUUUUGGCACCCAAUCAUGUUAACUUACCAAAACUAAGAGCUGCAUCAAAAAAUGUAGGAUCUAAUUUUUUGGGUUCAUUCUCUGAAGAUGAACUAGUGCAAAUAGUUCGAGCUAUAAGUCCAGAAAAUUUUAAUUUAUUAAAAAUUUCUAAGGAACUGAAUAUGAAACCAGUUAUUAAACCAAUUCCACCUUCAGCCCCAAUUUAUCCCAAAUAUUAUAAUCCACUAACACAUGGUAAUUAUGUUCAAGUUAUACCAAAUGAUCAAAAGGAUUCACAUCACAGUAAUGUAAAUAAAGUAAAUGCAUAUCAAAGAUCCGCUUCAAAUGCAAUAGGCGAAUCUAGAAACUCUAAUUCAGCUCAGCAUAAAAGAGAAACAUUGUUGGGGCAAAGUAUUCCAAAUAAUGUUUUGACUCAAUAUCCACCCCGAUUCGGGAUUUUAAGAAAAAAAGUUAUUUAA